AUGGUAAGUGCCAUUACUUCUCCCUGGUGCCUCACGUGCGGGGCUGAGGAGAGCGUGGCCUGGGUGGGCGGCUCUCAACGUCAAGCGGCGCAGCGCGCGGGGCCUGAGGGCGGGCGGGCUGCUGCGACCGACGGCGAAAGGGAGCGCGCCUGCUUGUGGACGCGCCCCACUUACCCAUUCCCAACCUUCUCUCUCUUUCUGUUUGCAGUGCAGGUCCUGGUAGAUGGGGCACCACUUCGUAUCCAGCUGUGGGACACUGCAGGACAGGAAGACUUUGAUUGCCUCCGUUCACUCUGUUACGCUGAGACAGAUGUCUUCCUGGUCUGCUUCAGUGUUGUAAAUCCCACAUCCUUCCAGAACAUUAUGGAGAAAUGGAUCCCUGAAAUACGGACACACAAUCCCCAGACUCCCGUGGUGCUGGUGGGAACACAGUCAGAUCUGCGGGACGACGUCAAUGUGUUGAUCAAUCUGGACCACUAUCAUGCCGGGCCUGUGCCAAGAACUCAGGCUGAAGGCCUGGCUGAGAAAAUCCGGGCUCAGACGUACAUCGAGUGCUCUGCUCUGACUCAAAAGAACCUGAAGGAGGUUUUUGACACAGCCAUCAUCAGCGCAGUUGAGCACAAGGCCCAACAGGAAAAGAAAAUGACAGCCAAGGGAAUAAAAACUCUCUCCAAGUGCCGGUGGAAGAAGUUCUUCUGUUUUGUCUGAAGCUGGUUUGGGAAUGAAGAGGCCUAGAAGUCGGGAUUGGACUUUGCACUUUCUGCCACAGACGGCAAAGUGGCUAACUGAAUGAAAAAGUGGCUCCAACAAGGAGCCAAGGGGACCUGGAGCCCCAGGAUUUGCUGAGUUGGGAUAGAACUUUCCUGGAAGACAGGAAGUGGACUUGUGUAGUAGUGCCAGGAUACCAAAUGGCUCAUGCAAUCUCAAUAGAACCGGGGUGGUUUGAAGCUUCUUGUACUGAGUUCAGUAUUAAAGAAGAGCCAAGCCUGUCAUUUUAGAUACCCAGACAGCAUGAGCAGUUUCCAGAACCUCCUCACAGCAUCUUAUUUAAACCCAGGAGAAGCCGAUGCAGUGGGGUGGUGCCAGGCCGCUGCUCCCCCCCCCCAACAAUGGCAUUUCUGCUUAUUGGGGCAAGGGCAGGGCUGCAGGGCCAGACUGACAGGAGCACCGAGUGCUGGUGUGCCCUCACAGCCUUGUCCUUCCCACAGCCCUGCCCCAUAAUUUGAAGUGGUCCCUUUUUCAGCCAAGCAGCAGCCCUCCACCUCACGGGAUUAAACCUGAGAUAUAUUCUUGAGGCUGAUAUCUCCUUUUCAAGGCACAGGCAAGGAUAGAGGGAUUUCUCCUGGGAGACAACAAUGUCAAAUAACAUGGCCUGCUCAAGGAAAAAGUAUUUUUUAUACUUUGCUUUCAGUCCUGCUUCAGGAAGCGGAAUAAGUUAUCCAGACAGCAGGGGGUUUGUAUGAAGGAGUAUCAGUUGUGUGGCACAUCCUUAAAAGGACAAAGCAUUUUUUGCGAAAUGACACGGAAUGAUCCCUAUGCUUCCACAAAGCUAUUCCAAUACAGUACAUCAUUUUGGACCUCAUUGGACUUUUUUUUUAUAAAAAAAAAGGUCCACCAAAAAUGUAUUUAAGGUUUUUGGUAGGGUAGGGAACCUUCCAGCAUCUAAAUGUGAAUAUUUCCCUCUUAAGAAGGACCGGGUGCAUUUGAAAGAAAAUUUCACUGUUGUGUGAAACAAAUAUUGUAAAAGUGAGAAGAUAAAAUAGGAGGGAAAUGACAAGAAAGGAGAAGCAUGUGACAAGAAGGGCAGAGAGGUGGUAGGGAUGAAGGAGAAGAAGAGAGAGAGAGAGACAGAGGCAGACAGAGAUACAGAGGGAGUUUAAGGAAGGUGAAAGGGAGGCGUAAAGGAGCAUUUCCCAGUGUAGUGCCCUCCAGAUGUUUGAACUUCCAGGUCCCAUCAGCACAGCUGGCUGAGGCUGGUGGAAGUUGUACCAGGCUGGCAUAGAGAAACCAAGAGACAGGAGAGUAUGUCGCCAUGGGAUUUAGAUAAUGUUGGCAGAGGGUUGUGUUUUUUUGCACUAAGAAACCCUUCAGUGACCUCACCUCUUGAUGGUUAGUCAUACCUCAGAUUCAAAUGAAGGAAGAUGCAAUAGGGGAAUUGUCAUGGAAAUAAGAUCUUUGAUGUGCUGUACUAAAAGCAAGGAGAGAGACUGCCGUUCUUCCUGUAUCAGGAAAAAACUGGCUUUGCGACCUAUGGGUGGAGCGUGAGAGCCAGAAAUUCUGGCAGCCCUGGAGUAGGAGAGAUCCCACCUCUGGAUAAGGAUCCAAAUGCAAGCCUGGACCUUUGUAUAAGAGGUGAGAGUGCCUGCAAAUUGUUCAGCACAGAAAAAGAAGUGGCACUGUGUCACUAAAUACACAAGUGUUUUGGAAUUCACCAGUUUCUUAAAUGCCAGGCUUCGGAAAAUGUGAAUGAGAAGCAGGAACCUGAGUGGCUUUGCUUAUUCAAUUGAUGUCUCCACAGGCAGAAAACAGCGUCCAGAUCAGGGAUUGAUCAUCACAUGCGGUAAUCAUGCGCAUUUCCUUUUUGCUACGUGUGGAUACACUGGGAAGCUCAGCCAUGACUUUCCAGCAUUUGUACGCCUUGUGUGAUGAUCAGCGCACAGUUUGCAUGUUGGAAAUGUGCUGUGUUUGAAGCAGGUCUUGAUCAUCGCUAUUCUCGAGUUGCACGGCACACUUUUGCUGCACAAGUGGAAAACGUUGCAUGUUGGGUCUUUAUGCAUUUCCAUUGUACACGGGGGGAGGUCCUGGAAUGAGGUUGGACAUCAUGGCAGCCCUGUGUUGAGGACUGAAUCUUAAAGGCAGUGCCAACACCAGGAGUUCAAAGGAAAUAGGCAUGCUUCCCUUUUCCUGCAGUACUAGGGAAGGAUGCAUGGGUGUUGUCAGUUCAUGUUUGUAGCAUUGGAGGGAUUCCAAGGAGUUCUUCCUGGGAAAGAAAGGAUCCUCAAUCCUGUUCCCAUUGCCCUAGGGACUGUGUAUCAUACACCUUUUGUUUUGUUUCCAAAUAAAGAUGUUUUGUUUAAGUAUGAA